AUGCGCUUCUCACGGUCGAUCGGCGUCGCGUCUUUCGUCGUUGCCGGUGUGCAGGCUGCGGUGUCUUCAACUGGAUUCACGGUAUCCUUGACCGACAUCGACUAUUUCCUGCCGCCUAAGCCAAUUGCGAAGAUAUCGAGCUGCGAAGAGAUUCAGGCCGCGUUCGAAGAUGCUCCGUUUGUGCCGUUCACAGUGGUGAAAGCCCAGAACGGUAGUUUGGAUGUCGCGUCGCUCACAGCAACCUAUGCGCAUGAUGAUGUAUGGCAAGAAGGUUUCAUGGACGCCAUUUACGUCCAGGGUAGCGAUUCCAAACCAAUGAACUCUUCGUUGACCAUACUAUCCGGCACCGCAUCCAACGAACUAGCUCCGGGCCCCUACUUCAUUAACGCAGCUGGUCAUGUAUACGAGGCGUGGAGACUAUUCUCUGACAUGCAAGGCGCUUUCACCGAGUCUGCAAUCGCGAACGGCGACGGUUCAUACUCGGUUUUACCCGCGGGUACUGUGGGCCAGAAGCAUGCCAUCGCCGUGCCUUCGCGGCUGUACUUCACCAAAACGGCCGAGAAGCCAUUGGCUGGUGUAAGAAUUGGUAUCAAAGACAUCUACGGUACGACACACCACCAGCCGUCGGCUGUAGUCUUUGAGCAUCGACUGACAAAAGCCGCAGAUAUCAAGGGCCUACGAACAUCCAACGGAAACCGAGCUUGGUAUUGGCUGUACCCUCCUGCCAACGCGACUGCGCCGCCCGUCCAGAACCUGAUCGACGCGGGAGCGAUCAUCGUCGGCAAGAUGAUCACCUCUCAAUUCGCCAAUGGCGAGACCGCAACGGCCGACUGGGUGGACUACCACGAGGCAUUCAACCCCCGUGGCGACGGCUACCAAGACACCUCCUCCAGUUCCUCCGGUGGUGGCGCAGGUACAGCAUCCUACUCUUGGCUCGAUGUCAGUCUCGGAUCCGAUACCGGCGGCAGCGUGCGCGGCCCAUCGCAAGUCCAAGGCCUCUACGGCAACCGUCCAUCUCAUGGAUUGGUGUCUCUAGACCACACCAUGCCGCUGAGUCCCGUGCUCGACACCCCCGGUCUACUGGCGCGCAACCCUCAAAUCUGGAUGGAAGCAGCCCAAGCCAUGUACGGCCCCAACAUCACCAUCACAAGCAGCUACCCAAGCAGCAUCCAAACCCUCGGCUGGCCCACCGAAGUCGAAGAUGUCGCCGACCAACUCCUCGUCGACUUCCUCGGAAACGUAACCGAUUUCCUGGGCGCAAACGCCACCGCUUUCAACGUUACAGCCUCUUUCGACGCUGCGAAUGCGGAUGUCGCACCUCUUACGGUCUUACAGAACCUCACCUACGCUAUCCUAAUCACGAAACAGCAAAUCGAGCUCGUCCGCGAACCGUUCUACGCCGACUACGCCGAAGUCCACGACGGUCGCCUUCCGUUCGUUAAUCCCGUCCCGCUAGCACGCUGGGGCUGGGGCGACAACCAGACCAUCACCGUUGAAGAAGCUGUGAACAACAAAACUAUCUUCCAGACCUGGGCCAACGAGACCUUCCUCGCUCCAUCACCAGAAACCUGCUCUGAGUCUUUGGUCAUGUACGUCGGUUCCACCGGCGGCACCACGUACCGCAACACGUACUGGGACGAGCCCGGCGUGCCUUUUGGCUUUGGCAACAGCCGCAUCUCGGUUAUGGCUGAGGUGCCUGACUAUGUUGUUCCGUUGGGUGAGGCGCCGUAUAAUUCGACGAUUACGGGGCAUGUGGAGUAUUUGCCUGUUACGGCGAAUUUGAUGGCGGCGAAGGGGUGUGAUGGCAUGUUGUUCUCGCUUAUUAAUGAGUUGUAUGAGGCGGGUAUCUUGAAGGAGAGUAUGGUUGGACAGAGUGGGGUUACGGGUGGGGAGAUUCUGUUGAGGAGAGAUGGGCUGUGGUGA